AUGAUUGCCAAAUUCGUUGUUGUCCUCGCCCUCGCCGUAGCCGUAAAUGCUGGUGUGCUGCCGCUCGCCGCCGCGCCAGCCGCAGUGGUCGCGCCGGCAGCAUACGCGGUCGCACCUUACGCCAGUUCUUACUCCGCACAUGCUGUGAACCACGCUGUCGCCGCUCCAGUUGUCGCCCCAGCGCAAGUUUACCAAGGGGCACCUUACGUAGCCGCACCAUACGUCGCCGCCCCAUCGCCUUACGCCAGAUACGUCUCCGCUCCAUACUUCUUCUAA